AUGGCCUCCGAAGUUACUACCAACCCAGCUCUUGUCAACGGAAACUACCAUGCUCAACACCAGGCCAAUCCAUACGCCGCAGACGACUACAACCCUACCCACGCUGCUGCAAAUGGCGUCUCCUCCAACACGUAUCAUAAUCAGUCAUCGACUUCUUCAGCCUCCGCACCCCCAGCCCCUGAACCCAAGAACGACAUCCCCAAGGAUGAGGUGGGGUGGUUCUUUGUUGAACAAUACUAUACCACCCUCAGUCGCAAUCCGGAGAAACUUCACCUUUUCUACUCUCGCAAAUCUCAGUUCGUCUCGGGCAUGGAGGCGGAGAAAGUGACUGUUGCUGUUGGCCAAAAGGCUAUCAACGAACGGAUUAAAGAACUCGAUUUCCAGGACUGCAAGGUCCGCGUUUUGAAUGUGGACUCCCAGGCCUCCUUCGAUAACAUUUUGGUUUCCGUGAUUGGUGAAAUUUCCAACAAAUCGGAACCUUCCCGCAAAUUCAUUCAGACAUUUGUCCUGGCUGAGCAACCAAAUGGAUACUAUGUUCUGAAUGAUAUCAUCAGAUACUUGGCCGAUGAAGAAGAGGAAGCCGUUGAGGAUGAAGUUCCUCUUGAGGUUGACGGCAGAGCUGGCAUUUUGGAGCCGACUACCACAGCAGUUGACCAGGAAGCGACACCACUAGACGUAGAUCCCGAGCGGCAGGCGGACAAUGAAAUUGCCGCUCAGGAAAUUUCAGAGAAGCUCAAGGAGAUCACUCUCAACAGCGAACCAACUGUCCAGGCUGAACAGCAGCCCACAGGUGAAACUCUUGAGGGUGAAGCUGCCGCUCCUGCUUCAGCCGCUACCGCAGCGCCUGUGCCUCCAGGAGUUCCCGAGGUCCUUGAGGCCGAAAAGCCCAAAGAACCAGAAUCAACUCCUGCCGCCUCUCCUCCCAAGGCUGCCACACCUGUUUCAGAAAAGGGGCCUGCGCCACCCGUUGCUAAGGCACCAAUGAGCUGGGCGUCUAUUGCCUCUAGCCGUGCUAAAGCCCCAGCACCAGCCAACCAUGUCUUAGUUACUCCAACCCAAGUUGCGGCAUCUGCUCCUCCCAGGGCCGCCCCUGUACCAACCCAGGCAACUCCCUCCGCUGCUCCUCCUGCUGGAGACAAUGAAAACGUUACCAGCCAAUGCUCCAGUGGUUCGGAAUGGCAGACCGCCGGUGCAGACCAUGGUAGAAGACAAGCUAGACCACAAUCCGUCUCUGGUGCCGGAGAGGAGAACACCCGCGGUCUUAUCAAAAAUGUCAACGAGAAGGUGGAUGCAGCGCUCUUGAAACAGGUCAUGUCGCGAUUUGGAAAGCUCAAGUACUUCAACGUGAAUAGACAAAACGGAACCGCCUACGUCGAAUUCGCAGACGUAGCCGCCUAUAAAACUGCCCUCUCCUCCAACCCUCACCAAAUCGGCACUGAAGAGGUAACCGUCGAGCGCCGUCGGCCCGGCGGCUUCGGUGGAAAUUCCAACUACGGUUCGGGCCGUGGAGGCUCAGGCCGUGGCCGCGGCGACGGCCGUUCCGGCAGCCAGGGCGGUCGUGGCGGUUUCCAGAACGAGUCUGGCCGCUACAUCUCCCGAGGCGGUCGUGGUGGUGGUGGGAACAUCGCGCCCAAGGGACGCAGUGGUCAACCCCAAGCCGUGUGA